AUGUUCACGGAGCUAAGGACCAAGCUGAGCCCCCCGCGAGGCCGCGCCGGGGCUGUGCGUGCCGGCUUCGGGGAGCGCCGGGAUGUGGACGCUGCUGCACACUUCGGCUUCUGCCAAACCCUCCUGGAGCACACGGUGUCCACUGAGAGCAUCCCCUGCCACCUGCCUCGGACGCCGGGCACCAGCCUCACGUGGCACGACUCCCGUAGCCAGAGGGCCGCUGGUGGCCGGCCUGUCAAGCUCCUGCAGCAGCCUGGCACAGAGGCCCCCCAGGGCCGGCUGUACUCUGACCACUAUGGCCUGUACCACACAAGCCCCUCCCUGGGCGGCCUGACGAGGCCUGUGGUCCUGUGGAGUCAGCAGGACGUGUGCAAGUGGCUCAAGAAGCACUGUCCCCACAACUACCUCGUCUACGUGGAGGCCUUCUCCCAGCACGCCAUCACAGGCCGGGCGCUGCUGCGGCUGAAUGGGGAGAAACUGCAGCGGAUGGGGCUGGCGCAGGAAGCACAGCGGCAAGAAGUGCUACAGCAGGUGCUGCGCCUGCAGGUGCGCGAGGAGGGGCGGAGCCUGCAGCUGCUCAGCCAAGCCUCUUUCGGAAACACGUCCUAG